AUGUUCAAACUAUCGAACAGUGGCACUCAUUUCACAUGCCAGUCCUCUACGCUUCUGGAAUCUACCUCCAAUGUUUCCCUCCCUCCAUCCGAUGACCGCGACGAUGCUUUGGCCCAGGCUGAAAUUGCCAUUUUGGCUUCCAUCUUCCUGCUGGCCACUCUGAGCAAUGCCCUGGUGCUCGGAGCUCUGUUCCGCCAGGGUCAGCGGGCCAGCCCUAUGCAUCGAUUCAUCCAACACCUCUGCCUGGCUGAUAUGACGGUAGCCCUCUUCCAGGUGCUCCCUCAGCUCAUCUGGGACAUCACUGAUCGCUUCCAAGGGCCAGACAUCUUAUGCCGUGCCAUCACUUACUUGCAGGUGGUUGGCAUGUUUGCCUCAUCCUAUGUUAUUGUAGCCAUGACCUAUGACCGCCACCGUGCCAUUUGCCGGCCCAUGUUGGCUUUUCAGAGAGGCCCAACCUCACGGCAUCGACCUGUGCUAUUGGCAUGGACAGCAUCCUUGCUUCUCAGCCUGCCACAGCUUUUCAUCUUCUCCAAAACAGAACUGCCAAGUGGAGCCCAUGAGUGCUGGGCAACCUUUGCUGAACCCUGGGGAGCCCGGGCCUAUGUCACCUGGGUGACUCUGAUGGUCUUUCUCCUUCCCACCUUCUUCAUUGCCACCUGCCAAGGCAUGAUCUUCUGUGAGGUCCACCGCAGCCUACGUUUGGGGCCAGAAGCAGCCCUGGCUCGCAGGGGGAGCCAACGAGGGGCCUCCCCUAUAUCUGGUGCAGUAGCUAAGACUCUCAAGAUGACACUGGUCAUUGUGCUCACCUACAUAUUCUGCUGGGCUCCCUUCUUCCUAGUACAACUGUGGGCCGUUUGGGAUCCUCAGGCACCCACUGAGGGCCCAGCUUUCACCCUCCUGAUGCUGGUUGCCAGCCUCAACAGCUGCACAAACCCCUGGGUCUAUGCCACAUUCAGCAACAGCAUCUCAAAUGAACUGCGCCGAAUCUUCUGCCCCAGGUGGGCCCGUUGGCAAGCUGGGUCCCUGUAUGAAGACUCCACUGUCACAGCCAGCUUCUCACUGGGUCGAGACACUCUUUCCUGAGGCAGUAGCUUGCAGGCAGAAAUACAGGUGUGAAGGGCACUCCUGCAGAACAACUCUCUCAGCAACCAGCACAGCAGGCAGAAGGCUGCCUCUUAGUUCAGCAGAGAUACGCUUCUGCCCAGCAAUGCUAAAUAAACGGGACCGGUGUCAUUCAGGACUGCAGUACCAGCAGGACAAAGCUUCUGAACAGAUGGGGGGGGGGUGUCGGCCAAAGGGCUGAAUUCCCUCAGUGAUAAUCUGCUGCAGGGGCAACACUGGAGCAGGUUCCAAAAGGCACUGGGGAAACCAUUUCUUUUUCCAAUAUCCUAUUUCCUCUAUAAUGUUUUUGUUUGGCUUUGGGUUAACAUGAAGUUUGAAUCCUUGUAAACCUUGGAUUAUGGUUUAGCGUUAUGUGCAAAUCUGGCUACUGCUAUUUAAUUAGCAAUUCACAGCUUUAAAAAGAUUACCAUUGCCAAGUGUAAUGUGUAAAACCAGCCAGCAUUUUGUUUGAUG